UGCUCUGCUCCGCGUCGUCAAAGACGACCAGAAAGAAGAGAAGAAUUUUUUUUUUUCAUUUUCUAAUAAUUAAAAAAAAAAAUCCAAGCACUAGCAACAAUAAAAUAUAAAAAUUAUUAGAUUAUUUUUUUAAUUUUAAUUUUUUUUUUAUCUAUAUAAACCCUAGAAAAGGGCCGGGGCGGAGAAGACGAGGUCUUCGGCUCAUGGAAUCCAUGGCCGCCGCUGCCCGGAGACUCCGCCUUCUUCUUCGCUCAACCGCCGUGCUCUACCUCCUCGCUGCCGCCUUCCUUCUUGGAUCUGCUGGAGUUCUCUACUCGCGCUUCACUUUCGCUGCCUUCUCUGACUCAUACACCCCGCCGUCCCCCGGGUGCCGGCCAGAUGGGGAGGGCUCUUGGUCUAUUGGCUUGUUCUAUGGCGAGUCUCCACUGAAGCUUCAGCCUCUGGAAUUGAGGGAGAUGUGGAGGAACGAGAGCGCGGCGUGGCCGGUGGCGAAUCCGGUGUUCACUUGUGCUUCGGUUUUGGAUGCUAGGUCUCCGAGUAAUUUCGUGGCGGAUCCUUUUCUUCAUAUCCUGGGCGAUACAUUUUACUUGUUUUUUGAGACUAAAAACUCUAUCACACUUCAAGGGGAUAUUGGUGUUGCUAGGAGCACAGACCGAGGAGCGACAUGGAAGUUCUUGGGUAUUGCUUUAGAUGAAGAGUGGCAUCUUUCUUAUCCAUAUGUUUUCAGCCAUGAGGACCAAAUAUUCAUGAUGCCUGAAAGCAGCAAGAAAGGGGAACUGCAUCUUUAUCGUGCAGUUGAUUUUCCUUUGCAAUGGAAACUGGAAAAAGUCAUUUUGAAGAAACCCCUUGUUGAUUCAUUCAUCAUCAAUCAUAAUGGCUACUAUUGGCUUUUCGGGUCUGAUUUUAGUGCUUUUGGUGCUAAAAAGAAUGGACAGCUGGAGAUUUGGUAUAGCAGCUCCCCACUUGGUCCAUGGAAACCUCACAAGCAGAACCCUGUUUACAAUACAGACAAGAGCUUAGGGGCUCGAAAUGCAGGCAGGCCUUUUGUUUACAAUGACAUCCUUUACCGCACAGGACAGGACUGUGGAGAAACUUAUGGGCGCCGAAUACGAUUGUUCCAGGUUAAGGUGCUUACCCCAGAUAACUAUGAAGAAGUAGAAGUUCCUUUUGGUAUCGAAGAGUCAAGAAAAGGUCGAAAUGCUUGGAAUGGUGCUCGCUACCACCAUCUGGAUGUGCAAAAGCUUCCAUCUGGUGAAUGGAUCGGGGUGAUGGAUGGUGACAGGGUUCCGUCAGGUGAUUCAGUUCGCAGGCUUAUUCUAGGAUACAUUGCAUUUGGACUUGUGACAAUACUGGUUAUUGUAUCAGGAGUACUAGUUAGCGCGAUCAAAUGUAUCGUACCUCUCAGCUGGUGCCUUCCUAUUUCAGCAAAAAGAAGUGAUUCUAUCAGUCAAAGGAGGUCCUAUUUUCAGUUAUAUCCUAAACUGAGAUGGCUUUUCACCCAUCUCAACAGGCUUGGUUCUCCUCUGCAAGGAAGAAUAAAUCCUAAUAAUUGUUCAGGCAGGUCUCUUUUGGCUUUAAUACUUAUAGUUGUUUUGGCAUUAACUUGCAUCGGUACCCAUCAUGUUUACGGAGGCAAUGGUGCAGAAGUCGCUUACCCAGUCAAGGGGCAGUACUCUCAGUUUACAUUGCUGACCAUGACAUAUGAUGCAAGGAUAUGGAAUUUGAAGAUGUUUAUUAAGCAUUAUUCAAGAUGUUCUUCAGUCAGGGAAAUUGUAGUGGUGUGGAAUAAAGGUCAGCCUCCAGUUAACGGCGACUUUGAUUCUGCUGUUCCUGUUAGGAUCAGAAUAGAAGACAGAAACUCCUUGAACAAUAGGUUCAAGGCUGACCCAUUGAUAAAGACGCGAGCUGUUCUUGAGCUUGAUGAUGAUAUCAUGAUGACAUGCGAUGAUGUUGAGCGGGGUUUCAGGGUCUGGAGGGAACAUCCAGAUCGAAUUGUCGGUUUCUACCCACGCCUUGCAAAUGGAAAUCCAUUGCAGUACAGAGACGAAAGAUACGCCCGCCAGCAGAACGGGUAUAACAUGAUACUGACAGGUGCAGCAUUCAUCGACAGCAAACUUGCAUUCGACAUGUAUUGGAGUGACCUUGCAAAGGAAGGCCGGGAAUUUGUCGACAAGAAAUUUAACUGCGAAGAUGUCCUUCUGAACUACUUAUACGUGAAUGCCAGCAAACCCGGGAAGACUGUAGAGUAUGUCAGGCCUUCAUGGGCAAUCGACACAUCGAAAUUCACAGGAGCAGCCAUUAGUAAGAACACACAAGUGCAUUACCAGGUGAGAAGUGAGUGCCUGGUUAAGUUUGCAAAGAUGUAUGGGAAUUUGGCUGCUAAUAAAUGGAGCUUCAAUGGCAGAACAGAUGGGUGGGAUGUAUAGUGUUCUAGAUUAUUACUUUGAUCUUCAGCUUGUAUCCUGUUUUUUCCCUUUUUUUUUUUUUAAUUUUUGUAACAUUUGCCUUUUUGGCAUUCUCUUGUGUAAUUUAUUCUCUAAUUUAUUAAACUGUAUGUUUAAUUUAAUGAUUUUGUUAAGGAACAGAA